CCUUUCCAUUUCCAUCCCUCAACACGGACUGUUACCCGCCACGAAGAGUCUGCCGAAUUCUUUCUUUCUUCCUCCCUUCCUUUCCCCUCUGCUCUAGCAGCCGCCGUCUUUGACGCGAUUACCGGACGACACCAAUCUAUUCAGCCGUCGAUUUCAAUUCCCACGUCGAUUCGUAAGUUAAUUUAUUCGGCGUUGGCCGUUAGUUUCGCGGGGGUUUUUCCUUUCUUUGGCUCAGGAAUCUGUAUGAGCCCGCUUCGCCUGCGGAUUUCCUCGAUCUUCUCCGUAUCAAGAGUAAUGGCGGAAGAACUGGGAUCCUCCGCUUCCGCCACCGCCGCCCCUGCUAGCCAGAGUUCAAAUCCGGGGGCAUCAUCAUGGGCGAAGACGAGGUCCUUGUGGCCUUCCGUUCUCCGCUGGAUUCCAACUUCGACCGACCACAUCAUUGCCGCCGAGAAGCGCCUUCUUUCCAUCGUCAAGACUCCAUAUGUUCAAGAGAAAGUGAAUAUAGGUUCAGGGCCGCCAGGUUCCAAAGUCAGGUGGUUUCGUUCUUCAAGUAACGAGGAGAGGUUCAUCAACACGGUUACAUUCGACAGUAAAGAGGGUGCUCCUACACUUGUCAUGGUCCAUGGAUAUGGUGCCUCACAAGGGUUCUUCUUCAGGAAUUUCGAUGCUCUUGCUGCAAAGUUCAAGGUCAUUGCAAUUGAUCAGCUCGGUUGGGGUGGAUCCAGUCGACCUGACUUUACUUGCAAGAGCACUGAAGGUUAGAUUUGGGUUCUGGAGUGCGAUUUUUUCUUUCUGUUAUGGUGGUGAAUUACUACAUUGACAGAAGCAUCUUACGUGUGCUUGCAUUUGAUGAUGCAGAGACAGAGGCAUGGUUUAUCGACUCUUUUGAAGAAUGGCGAAAAGCUAAGAACUUGGAUAAAUUCAUCUUGCUUGGCCAUUCUUUCGGGGGUUACGUAGCUGCUAAAUAUGCUCUUAAGCAUCCUGAGCAUGUUCAACACUUGAUUUUGGUGGGAUCUGCUGGAUUUUCAUCCGAAGCUGAUUCCAAGUCCGAAUGGCUUACCAAAUUCAGAGCGACUUGGAAAGGUGCAAUCAUGAAUCAUUUAUGGGAGUCGAAUUUCACUCCUCAAAAGUUAGUUAGAGGUUUAGGUCCUUGGGGUCCGGAUAUGGUUCGAAGAUACACGUCUGCCAGAUUUGGUGCAUAUGCAAAUGGAGAGAUGUUGAAUGAAACCGAGUCCAAGUUGCUAACAGAUUAUGUUUACCAUACUUUGGCGGCCAAGGCAAGUGGAGAGCUAUGCCUAAAGUAUAUAUUUUCCUUUGGAGCAUUCGCUCGAAUGCCCCUAUUGCAAAGGGCAUCUGAGUGGAAAGUACCGACGACAUUCAUAUAUGGAGUCCAGGAUUGGAUGAACUAUAAGGGCGCCCAAGAAGCUCGCAAGGAGAUGAAAGUCCCUUGUGAAAUAAUCAGGGUUCCUCAGGGAGGGCACUUUGUGUUCAUAGACAACCCAGUCGGUUUCCAUUCAGCCGUGCUCUACGCCUGCAGAAAGUUCAUCUCUAGUAAACCGGAUAGUGAAUCCCUUCCUGAGGAUCUUACCCUGGUAUAGUAGGACUGGUCUUCUGUAUCUUUCUCAAUUUUUAUUUCUCAAGUUGUGCAUAAACCUCAAGUUGAAGUUGCAACAUUUUGUAUCCAUGUAGUGUAUUAUGCUGUACCAUAUGACUAUGAGUGUAUGCUUCAGAUUCUGAGACUAAUAAAAAUCAUUUACAACAAAGCCAAUUGGAUAAAAGAGUGACUUCCAAUUUCCUGAGGUCCCCAGGUGAAAAUAGAGUGAGGUGUAAAAUGUUGGGAAGUGAAAAGAUUUUGACAGUGAUGCAUGGGAGCGGUGAAAGAAAGAAAGAGUGUCACUUUUUUUCCCUUCUCGUCCGUUUCUUCUGUCGUAUUUGCUUUAUUACUGUGAAAA